GGGAGUGUGCACAGAGGAUCGGUGUAUGCGCUGCAAACCUCCACAAGAGCUCCCUCCUGUUGUCCAUCUUUAUCUUGACUUUUCCGGGGACGUUUGGGACAAGACCACCUCUUCUGGCUGCGUCACCCCUUCCCCUGCCCUCCUUUGGAACCUCCAGAAGCUCCAGACAUGGCUCAGAUCCUGCCCAUACGCUUCCAGGAACAUCUGCAGCUGCAGAACCUGGGAGUGAAUCCGGCCAACAUCGGGUUCAGUUACCUGACCAUGGAGUCGGAUAAGUUCAUCUGCAUCCGGGAGAAGGUAGGCGAGCAGAACCAGGUGGUGAUCGUGGACCUGUCCGACCCCACCAACCCCAUCAGGAGGCCCAUCUCUGCCGACAGCGCCAUCAUGAACCCUACGAGCAAGGUCAUCGCUCUGAAAGCUGCCAAGACUCUACAGAUCUUCAACAUUGAGAUGAAGAGUAAGAUGAAAGCCCACACCAUGACAGAGGAGGUCAUGUUUUGGAAGUGGAUAUCUGUAAACACAAUCGCUCUGGUCACGGACGCUGCUGUCUACCACUGGAGUAUGGAGGGCGACUCACAACCCACCAAAGUGUUCGAUCGACACACGAGUCUGGCUGGAUGUCAAAUUAUAAACUACAGAACGGACGAGCAGCAGAAAUGGUUACUGCUCGUUGGGAUUUCCGCGCAGCAAAAUCGAGUGGUGGGGGCCAUGCAGCUGUACUCUGUGGACCGAAAAGUGUCCCAGCCGAUCGAGGGCCACGCGGCCGCCUUUGGGGAGUUUAAAGUCGAAGGAAAUGCCAAGCCAUCUACGCUGUUCUGUUUUGCUGUUCGAUCACAGGCUGGGGGAAAGCUGCACAUCAUUGAGGUUGGUCAGCCUGCUGCAGGAAACCAGCCAUUUGCCAAAAAAGCAGUCGACGUGUUCUUUCCUCCAGAGGCACAGACAGACUUUCCUGUUGCUAUGCAGAUCGGUAAUAAACACGGUGUAAUAUAUUUAAUCACAAAGUAUGGGUACAUUCACUUGUACGAUCUGGAGUCUGGAGUGUGUAUCUAUAUGAACCGAAUCAGUGCAGAGACUAUCUUUGUAACUUCACCUCAUGAAGCAAACUCAGGAAUUAUUGGGGUUAAUAAAAAGGGACAGGUGUUAUCAGUCUGUGUGGAAGAGGAAAACAUUGUGAAUUAUGUCACAAACGUGUUGCAGAACCCAGACCUAGCCCUGAAGAUAGCGGUCAGGUCAAAUCUCGCAGGUGCAGAGGAACUUUUUGCCCGAAAGUUCAAUACUUUGUUUGCCCAAGGAAGUUAUUCAGAAGCUGCAAAGGUUGCCUCAUCAGCUCCAAAGGGCAUCCUGCGCACAGCUGAGACCAUCCGAAAGUUCCAGAGUGUCCCCGCUCAGCCAGGCCAGGCCUCCCCUCUGCUGCAGUAUUUUGGGAUUCUGUUGGAUCAGGGACAACUCAACAAGUACGAGUCUUUGGAGCUGUGUAGACCAGUGCUUCAACAGGGCCGCAAGCAGCUCCUGGAGAAGUGGCUGAAGGAGGACAAGUUGGAGUGUUCAGAGGAGCUGGGGGACCUGGUUAAGAGCUAUGACCUCACUUUGGCUCUCAGUGUGUAUCUCAGAGCCAAUGUCCCAAACAAAGUCAUACAGUGCUUUGCCGAGACCAAUCAAUUUCAGAAAAUUGUGCUAUAUGCCAAAAAGGUGGGCUACUCCCCAGACUGGAUUUUUCUGCUGAGAAAUGUGAUGAGAGUCAAUCCGGACCAAGGCCUGCAGUUUGCUCAGAUGUUGGUUCAGGAUGAGGAGCCUCUGGCCAAUAUCAACCAGAUUGUUGAUGUGUUUAUGGAGGGCAGCCUGAUCCAGCAGUGCACGUCUUUCCUGCUGGAUGCUUUAAAGAACAACCGUCCCGCUGAAGGCCACUUACAAACCCGCCUCCUGGAGAUGAACCUCAUACACGCCCCACAGGUAGCAGAUGCCAUCCUGGGUAAUCAGAUGUUCACACAUUAUGACCGCGCUCACGUGGCUCAGCUCUGUGAAAAGGCUGGUCUUCUGCAGAGGGCCCUAGAACACUUCACAGACCCCUACGACAUCAAGAGGGCGGUAGUGCACACGCAUCUACUCAACCCCGAGUGGCUCGUGAACUUCUUUGGCUCUUUGUCGGUGGAGGAUUCUCUCGAGUGUCUCAGAGCCAUGCUGUCUGCAAACAUCAGACAGAACCUGCAGCUGUGCGUCCAGGUCGCAUCCAAGUACCACGAGCAGCUGGGAACUCAGGCUUUAGUGGAGCUUUUCGAAUCCUUCAAGAGCUAUGAAGGAUUGUUUUACUUCCUUGGCUCCAUUGUAAACUUCAGUCAGGAUCCAGAUGUUCAUUUCAAAUACAUUCAAGCUGCGUGCAAAACAGGCCAAAUAAAAGAAGUGGAGAGAAUCUGCAGAGAAAGCAACUGUUAUGAUGCUGAAAGGGUUAAAAACUUUCUUAAGGAGGCAAAGCUCACAGACCAGCUCCCCCUCAUCAUUGUAUGUGACCGCUUUGAUUUUGUCCAUGAUUUGGUUCUCUACCUCUAUCGCAAUAACCUGCAGAAAUACAUAGAAAUAUAUGUACAGAAGGUGAACCCCAGCCGUUUGCCAGUGGUCAUCGGAGGCCUGCUGGAUGUAGACUGUUCAGAAGAUGUCAUUAAAAACUUAAUUAUGGUGGUCAAAGGGCAGUUUUCCACAGAUGAGCUUGUGGAGGAAGUGGAGAAAAGAAACAGACUGAAGCUUCUUCUGCCGUGGCUUGAGUCCCGUAUCCAUGAGGGCUGUGAGGAGCCAGCGACCCACAAUGCUUUGGCCAAAAUCUACAUUGACAGCAACAACUCCCCGGAGCGCUUCCUGAAGGAAAACACUUUCUACGACAGCGCGGUGGUGGGACGCUACUGCGAGAAGAGGGACCCUCAUCUGGCUUAUGUGGCGUAUGAGAGGGGCCAGUGCGACUUGGAUCUGAUCAAAGUUUGCAACGAGAACUCGCUGUUCAAGAGUGAGGCUCGGUACCUGGUGCGGCGGAAAGAUCCUGAACUUUGGGCCAAUGUUUUGGAAGAAAUUAACCCAUACAGAAGGCAACUCAUCGACCAGGUUGUCCAAACAGCUCUGUCAGAAACUCAGGACCCAGAGGAAGUGUCCGUCACAGUCAAAGCCUUCAUGACGGCCGACCUGCCAAACGAACUCAUUGAACUAUUGGAAAAGAUCGUUCUGGAUAACUCUGUGUUCAGUGAGCACAGAAAUCUACAGAACCUGCUGAUCCUCACAGCGAUCAAAGCAGACCGCACUCGGGUGAUGGAGUAUGUUAACCGAUUAGAUAACUACGACGCACCAGACAUAGCUAAUAUCGCCAUUAGCAACGAGCUGUUUGAAGAAGCCUUUGCUAUUUUUAUGAAGUUUGACGUGAACACCUCGGCAAUACAGGUUCUGAUUGAGCACAUAGGGAAUUUGGACCGAGCGUAUGAGUUUGCAGAGCGUUGUAAUGAGCCCGCAGUGUGGAGUCAGUUAGCGAGGGCUCAGCUGCACAGAGACCUGGUCAAAGAGGCUAUUGACUCGUACAUUAAAGCUGUGGAUCCCUCUGCUUACAUGGAGGUGGUCAAUGCUGCCAGCAAAAACAAUAACUGGGAAGACUUGGUAAAAUUCCUUCAAAUGGCUCGGAAGAAAGCCCGAGAGUCAUACGUAGAAACUGAGCUUAUUUUUGCUUUGGCGAAAACAAACCGUCUCGCAGAACUAGAAGAGUUUGUGAGUGGACCCAACAACGCCCACAUUCAGCAGGUCGGAGAUCGAUGUUACGAAGAAGGAAUGUACGAUGCAGCAAAACUCUUGUACAACAAUGUCUCCAAUUUUGCCCGUCUGGCAUCCACCCUGGUUCACCUGGGAGAGUACCAGGCUGCAGUGGACAGUGCCAGGAAAGCCAACAGCACACGCACAUGGAAAGAGGUGUGCUUUGCCUGCGUGGACGGAGAGGAGUUUCGCCUCGCACAGAUUUGCGGCUUGCACAUAGUGAUCCAUGCAGACGAGCUGGAGGACUUGAUCAGUUAUUACCAGGAGCGCGGAUACUUUGAGGAGCUCAUUGCUCUGCUGGAGGCGGCUCUCGGCCUAGAGAGGGCUCAUAUGGGAAUGUUCACGGAGCUUGCAAUUCUUUAUUCCAAGUUUAAACCCCAGAAAAUGAGAGAGCAUCUGGAGCUGUUCUGGUCCAGAGUCAACAUCCCAAAAGUGCUCCGUGCAGCAGAGCAGUCUCAUCUGUGGGCUGAAUUAGUUUUCCUUUAUGAUAAAUAUGAGGAGUUUGAUAACGCUGUAAUUACAAUGAUGUCACAUCCUACAGACGCGUGGAAGGAAGGGCUGUUUAAAGACAUUAUUCCAAAGGUCGCCAAUGUGGAGCUGUAUUAUAAAUCACUCUCCUUUUACCUGGACUUCAAACCUCUUCUUUUGAACGACCUUUUGACAAUUUUAUCUCCACGGCUUGACCACAGUCGAGCAGUUACUUUCUUCGCAAAGAUGAACCAGCUCAAGUUGGUCAAACCUUAUUUAAGAUCAGUGCAAAAUCACAACAAUAAGUCUGUCAAUGAAGCUCUGAACAACCUGCUGACUGAAGAGGAGGAUUACCAGGGUUUGAGAGCCUCCAUUGACGCGUAUGAUAACUUCGACACCAUUGGUCUUGCUCAGAGGUUGGAGAAACAUGAACUGAUUGAAUUCAGACGUAUCGCCGCGUAUUUGUACAAAGGAAACAAUCGGUGGAGGCAGAGCGUUGAGCUUUGUAAAAAGGACAAACUCUACAAGGAUGCCAUGCUGUAUGCCGCUGAGUCGAAGGAUGUUGAACUGGCGGAGGCGUUGCUGCAAUGGUUUUUGGAGGAGGGCAGAAAGGAGUGUUUUGCUGCGUGUCUGUUUGCGUCGUACGACCUGUUGCGUCCUGAUGUGGUGCUUGAACUCGCGUGGAGACACAACAUUAUGGACUUUGCAAUGCCUUACUUCAUCCAGAUCAUGAGAGAGUACCUCACCAAGGUGGACACACUGGAGGAAGCAGAAAGCCAAAGAAAAACAGAAGAUGAAGUGUCAGAACCACAAUCUAUGGUGUUUGGUCAGCAGCUCAUGUUAACCGGUGGCCCCGCUGCCGCCGCUGCUGCCGCUGCUGCCGCUGCCGUAACUCCACCCCAGGCGUACCCGGGUUACACAUACGCGCCCCCUGCUGGUUACCCUCCUCAGCCCGGAUACGGCUUCAACAUGCAGUAGUCCCACGCCGAAACUGCUUUUAAAGAUGCAAGCACUGAACCACGCUCCUAUCGUUCAUCAUCAACCAGAACAUUUCUUAUUUUUUUUUUACCUUUUUAUGUACUUUCUGCCAUUAAACCUGCAAGAGAAAACCAUCUACAACAUGAACUUGAUUAUGGUUGCUCCGAUAUUGGACUGGUAUCUACUACUACUACUACUACGACACUGUAAAGGCCCAUUCAGACCACUCUGCUCUCACUGUCUCAUCGUGAAAACUCAGCACUGAUAAUGAAGAGAACAUUAUGACAGGUUUAGGGCACUGUGCUCUGCGUUACAGCCUUUUAACUGAGUAUAUUUGAUUAAUUUUGUGACCACCUCAUGCUUUCUAACCAUUAACGUGUGCAAUAUAUGUUUCCUUACAGGUACGUUGUAUGUUUUUGUUUUAAAUUGUUAAAUACUUACACUUGUUUUUAGGUACUGUUGUGCUUGUGAUAAAAAAAAAAAAAGUCUGUGUGCAAACCUCAGCCGUAAGCCUUUAUGGGAUGUAUAAAGAUCCCACUUCUUUACUGACAGCUCAGAGAAUAUCUUACUAUUGUUGAAAUGCAGGGUGAUAGAAGGAAUCAAGGGAAAUAAUUAAAUAUUUUUAUGCUCUAGUUUUGCAUGUGCUGUCAAUCUGAAGAAUUAUGUAACCACCAGUAGCACAAUUUUUAUUUUAUAACCAUGUUUACCAUUUUGUGCGAUGGCCCAGUGAAAAUAUAUUGAGGAACUAAUGCAUUUAAGUUCUCAUACUCGUUCCACUGGUACAAUAUUAAUCAUUAUUGUACUGAACACAAUGUAUAACUUCAUUUGACCACGCCCAACUAAUAAAUCCAAUUCAAAUAGAUCUAUUGGUUCAUUCUGGAUCUAGUUCAACAAAAGUGUCACAUUUGUUUUGCAUGUUUGCUCACACAAUAUGGAAAAUCUGUCUUGAUGGGUUAUUGAUCCAGUAAAACAAUGGUUAUGCACAAUC